AUUUAAACAACCUUUUCUUUAAAAAGUCACAACGUUGUUCAUUACCUCGUCUUUUUCUAUCAUGUUUUAUCCGUAGCAACCUCAACGGUCUCUUCAUAUUCAAUAUUCAAUCAUACUUAUCAACUAUAAAACCCACUUCACACGUUCCUUGUUCCUCGUAGUUUUCAAACUCAUUCACACUGUCAUAACUAUAGCUACUAGUACUAUGUUGGAAUAUGUUGAAAGAGAUUGAAUUGAAUAAUAUUGUGUCUUUUGCUACUACCCCUUUUGAAUUUUGAGUUAGAAAAUCAAUUUUUUUGGUUAAAAAUGGAAACUUUAUGCAACAAGAGUGAAAAUUUUCAAAAGAAAAAAAAUGGGUCUUGUACUUCUACUGGUUCAUGUUCUUCAGAUUUAACUGAACAAGCAAAAAAAGUUAAUGGGUGUUCAUCUUCUCUUCCUAUUAAGAAGGCUAUUGUCUCUAAAUGCAGCAAAUCAGAUGAAAAAGAAAAUGAACCUGUUUCUCAAGUAGAAGAUAAAAAAGUACUUACUAGUAGUAUCUGUUCAAAAAUUUCUGGAUCAUCAGGAGUUGAUAUGAUGAAGGAGAGGUUUGCAAAAUUGCUGCUUGGUGAAGAUAUGUCAGGUUCUGGAAAAGGAGUUAGCACUGCUAUGGCCAUCUCAAAUGCUAUUACUAAUUUGUGUGGGACUGUAUUUGGGCAAUUAUGGAGACUAGAACCUGUACCUUGUGAAAAGAAAGAAAAGUGGCAAAGAGAAAUGGAUUGGCUUCUUUGUGUUGGUGAUCAUAUUGUUGAGUUAAUGCCUUCUUGGCAAACAUUUCCAGAUGGUAGUAAGCUAGAGGUAAUGACUUGCAGACCAAGAUCAGAUAUUUUUAUCAAUCUUCCAGCUCUGCGUAAACUCGACAACAUGCUUCUUGAAAUAUUAGAUAGUUGCACAUCUAUGGAGUUUUGGUAUGUUGACCAAGGAAUUGUGGCACCAGAUGCAGAAGGAUCAGCCUCUUUUCGGAAAAGAAAUCAGCGACAAGAGGAGAAAUGGUGGCUCCCCGUACCUCGUGUUCCCCCUACUGGUCUCAGUGAGAGUUCAAGAAAGAAGUUGACUCACACACGCGAAUGCGCUAGCCAAAUACUAAAAGCAGCUAUGUCUAUAAACAGCAUUGCUUUAGGGGAUAUGGAAGUUCCAGAGUCGUAUUUGGAAUCACUUCCUAAGAAUGGAAGAACUUGCUUGGGGGAUUUUAUCUAUCGAUACAUCACAUCAGACCAAUUCUCUCAGGAAUGCUUGCUUGACUGCAUAGACCUUUCCAAUGAACAUGUUGCACUAGAGAUCGCUAACCGUUUGGAAGCUGCAAUUUAUGUAUGGCGCCGAAAAUCUCACUCUAGACCUCCACUUUAUCCUAUCCGUUCAACUACUAAGUCAUCGUGGGAGAUUGUGAAAGACUUUAUGGUUGAUGGAGAUAAGAGAGAUUUGCUUGCAGAGAGAGCUGAAAGUAUUCUACUUUCACUUAAGCAACGUUUCCCGGGUUUAAGUCAAACUACAUUGGAUACCAGCAAGAUCCAGUACAACAAGGAUGUUGGCAAAUCAAUCCUAGAAAGCUAUUCAAGAGUUUUGGAGAGUAUGGCAUUUAACAUAGUAGCUCGUAUCGAUGAUUUACUAUAUGUUGAUGACAUAACCAAACAUUCAGAUAGGUUUCCAUUAGCUCCAAUGGUUAACAUGGUUUCACAAAAGAAAGUUUCACAACAAUCACUAGUGUCUGUCUCAGACACUCAACACAACAAAACAACAUUUGGUACACCAAGUUGUUCACCUGUUGUGCCACUAAUUAGUCCUACAAAGGCUGAGAUAACUCCUUUUAUUCGCGAUAUGAUUAAACCUCAACGCCGCGGUUUCGGUGUGAAGAGAGUGUUGUCAAAUUAUCUUGGAGGAGAUAUGAAAGCAACAAAGGUAUUUAGUAACUUAGCUCAUGAGUUGAAUGGUUCAAAUGCAAGUUGCAAUCAAGAAUCAUGUGCCAUGAAGAGCAAGACAAAAUGAUCUCGUGGAAGAAUUAGAGAAGAAAUUUUCUUUAUUUAUUUAUUUACGGCUUUAUGCAUAUUUUUCAUUGUAUCAUUUACUAGUAUAGUAGUAUGUAUUGUUUAUUGAGUGCAAAGAAAAAAUAGUUGAAAUCUGAAAGGGUUCAGUUCAGUUCAUAGAACCAAUUGUAUUGUGAUUUGAGAGUGAGUUCAAUGAUUUGUGUAUAAGAACUCGAUUUAUGCAUUGGUUAAUUCAUAAAUUUAUUUAUUUAUUCAUU